AUGACAGCAGAAAUGGUGGCGUGCAUAGCAGCGGAGUGCUCUCCUCUGCUAUCACUUAAUCCGCUUCGCCCUUGCCCGCCCGCCUCCCCCCUUCUCUCUGUCCCUCCCUUCGCCAGCAUGUCAACGGAGAUGGUGGCGUGCAUAGCAGCGGAGGCACUCUCUAUUCUCGAGAAGGUGCACGAACGAGGCUACGUGCAUGGAGAUGUGAAGCCCGAGAACUUUCUUCUUGGGCAGCCCGGGACUUCAGAGGAGAAGAAGCUGUACCUGGUUGACCUGGGCCUAGCAACGAGGUGGAGGGACAGCAACACGGGGCAGCACGUGGAGUAUGACCAACCACCUCACCUCACCCUGCCUUCUCCCGCUUCUCCACUUGUUCUUCCCUCCCUUUCUCUCUCUGCUCCCACCACGUGUGUGCCUCACAGCAACGAGGUGGAGGGACAGCAACACGGGGCAGCACGUGGACCACCUGCGCUACGUGGGUUGCACGCGCAUCUGGGGCGCAGCGGCAUUGAUAUCCCCAUGCAUGCACUACAAUUAACACACCCCCUCACUCGCUCCCCCUCCCUCCACAGGGGCACGGUGCGCUAUGCGGGGGUACACGCUCACCUGGGCCGAACGGGCAGUCGCAGGGAUGACUUGGAGUCGCUGGCUUACACGCUUGUCUUCCUGCUGCGCGGCAGACUGCCCUGGCAGGGCUAUCAGGGCGACAACAAGGGCUUUCUGGUGUGCAAGAAGAAGAUGAGCACAUCACCUGAGAUGCUGUGCUGCUUCUGUCCGCCGCCCUUCAAGCUCUUCCUGGAGUACGUCGUCAGCCUCAAGUUCGACGAGCGCCCCGACUAUGCCAAGUGCGCCGCCAUGUUUGAUCCAAUUCUCAGCCCCAACCCGGCUUUGCUGCCUCUCAACACAGAGGGGGCACGGUCUCUCAAGGUGGGUGUCAGCGGUCCUGGAGUGGAAUUCAAGUGUGCCGCCAUGUUCGACCCCAUUCUCAGCCCCAAUCCCGCCCUGCUGCCGCUCAACACGGAGGGGACACGGUCUUUCAAGGUGCAGGUGGGGCAGAAGAGGGGGCGGGGCGAGGGGGGAGAGGAGGACGCGGAGGAGGAUCAGCUGAGGAAGAAGAUUCGCCUGGGCAUGCCGGCCACCCAGUGGAUCUCCGUGUAUAGUGCCAGGCGGCCCAUGAAGCAAAGGUAUCAUUACAACGUGGCAGACUCGCGCCUAGCACAGCACGUGGAGAAGGGCAACGAGGACGGGCUACACAUCAGCAGCGUGGCCUCCUGUCAGAACCUCUGGGCGCUCAUCAUGGACGCCGGUACCAACUUCACAGCGCAGGUCUACGACCUCUCACAUGUCUUCCUGCCCAAGGAGUGGAUAAUGGAGCAGUGGGAGAAGAACUUUUACAUCACAGCAGUGGCGGGCGCCAGCAAUGGCAACUCCCUCGUUGUCAUGUCCAAAGGCACGCCCUACACGCAGCAGUCGUACAAGGUCAGCGACAGCUUUCCCUUCAAGUGGAUCAACAAGAAAUGGCGAGAGGGCUUUUAUGUGACCUCCAUGGCCACUGCUGGUAGCCGCUGGGGCGUUGUCAUGUCCCGCAACGCCGGCUUCACUGACCAGGUGGUGGAGCUGGACUUCCUGUACCCCAGCGAGGGCAUUCACAGGCGGUGGGACAUGGGGUAUCGCAUCACGGCCACCGCUGCCACGUGGGAUCAGGCCGCCUUCCUGCUCAGCGUGCCGCGCAGACGACCCGCGGACGAGACCCAGGAGACCCUCAGAACGUCCGCCUUCCCCAGUACCCACGUCAAGGAGAAGUGGGCCAAGAAUCUGUACAUUGCAUCCGUCAGCUACGGCCGAACCGUCUCCUAA